AUGUUCUCCUACACCGCUCAGCACGCACCCACACUGCCGCCCUUCUCCAUAACCAACCCAGGUCAUCUCGUUACGCAUCACGCCGUCGUUCAGAACAGCGCCUACGAUGGAGUUUUAUCCGGUGCGUCCAGACAGAGCUACCCGAGCGCGGGUUAUCCAUUCACGCACUCGUACAGCACCCAGUACAACCAGUACAACCAGAGCAGCGCAUUGUACCCGCUCUCACCCGCGCACACCGGCCUCAUGAACACCAAGGCGCAAGUUUACCUCUGUAAUCGAACACUCUGGCUCAAAUUUCACCGCCAUCACACCGAGAUGAUCAUCACCAAACAAGGCCGGCGAAUGUUCCCGUUCCUGAGUUUCAACAUUUCUGGACUGGAUCCCACAGCUCACUAUAAUAUUUUUGUUGAUGUUAUUCUGGCGGAUCCAAAUCACUGGCGGUUCCAGGGUGGGAAGUGGGUACCAUGCGGCAAAGCGGACACCAAUGUUACAGGAAACAGGGUGUACAUGCACCCGGACUCUCCGAACACUGGUGCGCACUGGAUGCGUCAGGAAAUUUCAUUCGGAAAACUCAAAUUAACAAACAACAAAGGAGCUUCAAACAACAAUGGACAGAUGGUGGUUCUACAGUCUUUGCAUAAGUACCAGCCCAGAGUUCACUUGGUGGAAGUGAAUGAGGACGGAACCGAGGACUCGAGUCGCUCCGACCGGGUUCAUACCUUCACUUUCCCUGAAACGCAGUUCACAUCGGUCACUGCUUACCAGAACACAGAUAUCACCCAGCUGAAAAUCGACCAUAAUCCAUUUGCUAAAGGAUUCCGGGAUAAUUAUGACACGAUUUACUCGGGCUGUGACACUGAUCGGUUAAGCCCAUCUACUGUGGAUUCCGAGCGAUCACAGCUGAUCCCGAGUUCCCGAUACGCGGCGACCACUUCCUUCCUCCAUGACCAGUUUGUUAGCCAUUACUCCAGCAGUUCAGGAGCUGCACUGGACCGGGCUCUGCAGUUUAAUAACAGCCUGCUGGACUCAGAUCAACCUGAGGACAGAUGGUUUAACGCAAACAGACUAGAUUUCCAAGCUUCAACGUACGACGCAGCUGCUGGUUCUGAUCUGACCGGUAGUUUACCUUCCCUUCUGCCCUACACUGUUUCCACCACAACCAGAAUGGAUUCAGAUUUAGUCCCUGACAGCGCCACUUCAGGCUGCUCACUCAGCGCGUACAGUGCGGCUGCUGCAGGGUGGGAGGCUCGGGGAGCGGGGCUGCCCUGCUGGAUCUCAGACACAAGCUGUGAUCGCCCCUACCUGCCCGAAGAGGGAAACCCGGAGAAAGAUGGAUCAGCACCUGAAGUGUCUGAGAAAGACAAGGAUGCAAUGGAUUCUGGCUGGGAAGAAACUCCAUCGUCAGUGAAGUCAGUGGAUUCAGGGGAUUCAGGGAUUUUUGAGCAAGCCAAACGAAAGAGAAUGUCACCCCCUGUUUCUGAGGAGCAUUCCCCACUCAAAACGGACCUGCUGAGCCCACAGGAUGAAGCCCGGAGUUUGAACUACUUUAGUUUUUACUCUCAGAGUUAA